CGAUGGCAAGGCUGUCGGUGAUGCCCAACUGCGGGCAUCCACUGCUGCUGCUCUCUCAGGGCUUAAUCCUGCGCAACUAACUACCAACACAAGUGCUGAUAUCACAGCCGCCGGUCAUUCCAGCACUAUUGAGCUUCGGCCCAUCACUCAGGCGAGGAACUCCAUCGUCACCACGAUCGCACUCGCAUCGUCACCUCAGGCUCCAACCAAAGCGGAGGCUAUCCGGUCAUACGUACAGCUUGCAGCCCUAUCAAUGUUCGCCUUCGUUUCUGGGUGGAAUGAUGCCUCGAACGGCCCCCUUUUGCCGAGAAUACAGAAAGUGUACAACUUGAACUACGCUGUUGUGUCUCUUCUUUUUGUGUUUUCGUGCGUCGGUUUUAUCUCCGGAGCCAUAGGCAAUGUGUUCUUGUCCGAGAGGGUAGGCUUUGGAAAGUUGAUCGUAUUAGGAUCCGCCCUACAGGCGGUAGGCUACUCGAUUCAGGCUGCUGCGCCUCCUUUCCCUGCCUUUGUAUUCGGAUACUUCGUCACAGGUAUUGGCCUGGCUUUACAAGAAGCUCAAGCGGUUAGCUAUGUAGCAAAGAUGAAAGAUAAGGCUGAGUUGAAAAUGGCCAUCUUCAUGGCGGCAAGUCCGGGAGCGGUUGUCUCCCCACUUGUAGCAACGCACUUUUCGACUGUGCCACGGUGGUCAUUCCAUUUUCUUACAUCGCUUGGGAUAUCAUUGGCGAACGUUGUCAUUCUGUCAGCUGUGUUCCGCUUCAAGAAGCAGGACGAAUGUCUCGCGCAAAUUGGUGUCCCGGCCGGAGACAGGGGUACUAGCAACCGCGGCGAGUUCCGGCAGAUCAUUGCCCUGAAAGAAGUGCAUCUGCUGGCUUUGUUCAUCCUAUUCUACGUCGGCACCGAGGUAACUCUAGGAGGGUGGACAAUUUCGUAUAUCAUCAACGUUCGCGGGGGCGGUUCUUCUGCGGGUUACAUAUCCAUGGGUUUCUUUGGUGGGAUGAUGGUCGGUCGUUUGGCUUUGCACUGGGUCAAUGAGAAAGUCGGAGAACGUCGUGCGCUCAUCGCCUAUGCUGUUCUAGCUAUUGCUCUCGAGUUCGUCGUCUGGCUGGUUCCUUCACUCGCAGGCGACGCCGUCGCCGUCGCAUCCAUCGGGAUCUUACUAGGUCCGAUGUAUCCAAUCGCAAUGAAUCACGCUGGAAGGGUGCUACCUCGGUGGCUUCUUACAGGCUCCAUCGGUUGGAUCGCCAGCGUCGGGCAAGCGGGCUCUGCUCUGCUCCCGUUUAUGACGGGCGCCAUUGCUUCUAAAGCCGGAAUUGCGACCCUACAGCCCAUACUCGUGGGAUUCAUGGCGGUGAUGACGGGCUUCUGGUUGCUUGUUCCCGCUAGCUCCCAUCGUCACGACUAAGUUGCAUAAGCAGUGCAAGUAAAUAAGGGCAACACACGCGCACUUACCCUCUCCCUGGUCCAUCUCUCUGUCGAUUUUUUCCCGCGUGGUUAGUACGAUUCUGAGGUCACUAAUCUCAUGCACUGAUAGGGUAAAGGAAAUGGCUAAUACACACUUCUGAAUCGGGCGAGUCGUCUUUUGUGCCGUCUUUGUCACUUAGGAGGCGCUAUAUGAACGGUAUACAGGCAAGAUCAGCUGAUGGUUUAUACAAACAAUAAUGUGUUACCGCUGACCUUUGGGAGAAUCAGCUGUCCAGUUUUCAUGUCCCAUAAGCGGAUAUCACCACGAUUGUCCUCAGCCAGGAUGAGUUCCCCGUCUGGGGAGAUUGCCGCCGCAAGUACACCCGUGGAGUGUUGGAAAUACCGAAGACGCCUCCCUGUUUUGAUAUCCCAGAGGCAAACAGUGUUAUCGUCAGACGAGCUGACAAUGAUGGAUUCAUCUGUCGAGAACUGCACGCAGUUGACGUUGCUGCCGUGAUUGAUAGCCAUGGUCUGCUUUCCUUGCAAGACAUUCCAAAUACGUACUUUGCCAUCCUCGCAUCCGCUGAGCAGUUUCAUACCGUCGGGAAAGAAGCAGACUGAGAAGACGAUGCCGUCGUGUUCAAGAAGCUCUCCCAGAGGUGUAAACCCGUGAAC